GGAGAGGCGCGGCGGAGCGGACUGCAGCGGCGGAUGCGGUCGCUCUGCUCAUCGGCGCAGCGAACGAACGAACGAACCGACGGGCGGACGUCUUUUUCCCCUCACGCCUUGGACGUCAUUCAGCACCGAAAGUGGACGCCGACAGACGCGCGCCUCAACAUUCUCGUCCGUCAUGGAGUCCUAUGACAUUUUAGCUAAUCAGCCCGUGGUGAUCGAUAACGGUUCAGGGGUCAUCAAGGCUGGUUUUGCUGGAGACCAGAUCCCCAAAUAUUGUUUUCCCAACUAUGUUGGGCGUCCUAAACACGUGCGCGUCAUGGCGGGUGCCUUGGAGGGAGAUCUUUUUAUCGGGCCCAAAGCAGAGGAGCACCGUGGUCUGCUGUCAGUUCGCUACCCGAUGGAGCAUGGCAUCGUGAAGGACUGGAAUGACAUGGAGAGGAUCUGGCAGUACGUUUACUCCAAGGAGCAGCUGCAGACCUUCUCCGAGGAGCAUCCUGUUCUUCUAACCGAAGCGCCUCUCAACCCCAGCAAGAACCGCGAGAAGGCCGCCGAGGUUUUCUUCGAGACCUUUAACGUUCCCGCGCUCUUCAUCUCCAUGCAGGCGGUGCUCAGUUUGUACGCCACUGGACGCACCACGGGUGUGGUGCUGGAUUCGGGCGACGGCGUGACGCACGUGGUGCCUAUCUACGAGGGCUUUGCCAUCCCGCACUCCAUCAUGCGCGUGGACAUCGCCGGCAGGGAUGUGUCGCGCUACCUGCGCCUGCUCCUGCGCAAGGAAGGCUACAACUUCAACACCUCGGCCGAGUUCGAGGUGGUGCGCACCAUCAAGGAGAGGGCGUGCUACCUGUCGCUGAACCCUCAGAAGGACGAGACGCUGGAGACGGAGAAGGCUCAGUACGUCCUCCCCGACGGGAGCGCCUUAAACAUUGGGCCCGCCCGCUUCCGUGCCCCCGAGCUGCUGUUCCGGCCCGACCUGGUGGGCGACGAGAGCUCGGGCAUCCACGAGGUCCUGGCCUACGCCAUCCAGAAGUCAGAUUUAGAUCUGAGGCGCACGCUCUUCUCCACUAUCGUGUUGUGCGGGGGGUCCACACUCAUCAAAGGCUUUGGAGAGCGAUUACUGACUGAAGUGAAGAAGCUUGCGCCCAAAGAUGUCAAAAUCAAGAUCUCGGCCCCCCAGGAGAGACUGUACUCCACGUGGAUCGGAGGCUCCAUCUUGGCGUCGUUGGACACCUUCAAGAAGAUGUGGGUGUCCAAGCGGGAGUAUGAGGAAGACAGAGCACGUGCCAUCCACAGGAAGACCUUCUAGGACAGCGUCGCCCUAAAAACACCCAGAACUGCCCCCCCCACACCCCACCCUCCCUCCAGCCCCGCAACCUCCGCGCGCUAAGGACCGCUCCCGCCACAUGAAGGCGCACUUGACAUCACGCGUUAAUAAAAGUCCAGUUUCGUUUUUUUUUUUUUUUUGUUUUCCUACGGUUUCAUUCCAAAGUUUUCUAUUGUGUCACAAAAUGGCUGCCACGACCAGUGCCACUUUUGGCCCACUAGUUCAACCGAAAGAUUACUACCAAGGAUAGCAAUGAAACGGCUGCACAAAUGGCCUUAAAGUUGACAUCCUUGAUACCCAGUUCAAGGUCCAUGGACUAGCACACCCAUUGGACUCACUAGUAAGACUCAUGAAAUUCUCUGCUCAUACAAAAAAAAAAAAUAAUAAUUAGCCCACUA